AUGCCUAUUAUCGUCUUGGUCUCAGCCUCAGCCAUUCCAGCUGUGACGAAGACAGAGCGUGAUUCUCCUACCGACUUGAUUGAUGAGUUGGUUGGCGAUAUGCUGGCUAGGUUUCAGAGCAGUGUGCCGAUUCCGUCCGAAAAUGGCACCAGCCUCUUGGCCCAGCUCCUGAGUGCUCUUGAGGGAGAAUCCUAUAGCAUUGCUACGGAAUCAUCUGAUCCCAUUAUCAGGGCGGCAAACCUUGAUAUAAUACGGGAUGCCUUCUUGUACGGUGAUGCUGUUGGAGGCGGCCCAUACUACCCAUCCGGUAUACUUGGAAUCGCAAAGGAUGUUCUGGACAUUACCAACAUACAGCUUGAUUUGACUCCGCAAAUUUUACUCGCUAUUAAUGACAGCAAGCAAGCUAUACUCGAUGCUGCUAAGUACAAUGGCCUUCAAACAUUGGAUGACUACGUGACGCUGUAUGAUGGCGAAUGGAUCAAUUCUUUGCCGAACGGACCGGAUCUAGGUGUUCAGACCAACUAUACACAAGAUCUAUUCUUCUCCAUGCAGCGACUCUCGAACAGCCCAUACCAAAUCCGAAGGUUGAGGAAAGGUUCGGACGAGCUCGAAUUCACAAUUGAUACCACAACCGCUAGCGAAAUCUCCGGCAUGAGUCUAGAGAAAUUGUUGGAAGAGGGUCGGCUAUUCUACGCAGAUUAUCGAGACCAGAUAGGAUUAGAGUCUACUGGUCGAUUCGCUGCUCUAUGCGAUGCGUACUUCUACAUUGACGCCACCUCGGGAGACUUUUUGCCUCUGGCCAUUCGCACCAACGUCGGUUCUAACCUGGUAUACACACCCCUCGAUAGCCCCAACGAUUGGUUGCUGGCAAAGAUGAUGUACAAUGUCAAUGACUUUUGGUUCGCUCAGUGGAAUCAUCUCGCUGCUACACAUGAAGUUGUGCAAAUAGUUUGGAUGGCAGGUAUUCGUUCUUUGAGUAGAGAACAUCCAGUCUAUGCCAUCUUGAACCGGGUCACGUAUCAACUGUUUGCUAUACAGAUCUUAGCAGAGGCUGUCUUGUUCAAUUCAGGCGGAGCUGUUGACCUUGUCUUUCCAUACAGCGGACAGGCCGCAAAAAACUAUACAACCAAUCGUUACAACAAUGGCGCAGGACAGUUCAAGGCAAACUACUUCAAGACUGAUCUCAAGUCCCGUGGUCUGAUCGAUUAUUGCCAUGGACCUCGUAUCAAGAACUUCCCGUUCUACCAGGAUGCAGGGGUCAUUUACGACGCCAUUCACACGUUCAUGACUUCAUUCGUUAAGUCAUACUACAGCUCGGAUUCUGAAGUUGCCUCCGACCAAGAAAUUCAAGCUUGGGUGGAGGAAUGUAACGGUGCCGCUCAGGUGUUUGAUUUUCCUUCAGAGAUCUCUUCGAUCGACACACUUAUUGAUGUCCUCACACACGUGCCAGGCGCAUCUGGUCUCAUCGGCACAUCACGCAGUCAACACGAACGAACUUCUUCAAGUCUCGAGCACAUUGCCAUUCAGUCCACCAUCUCUCUAUAG